AUGUGCUACUGAUGGACCAUCAAAUCAUAAUAUUCUCGUAUAACACCUUCCAACCACCUGGUAACUGGCACCUCCAAUCUAGUGUUGAAUUUAUUCCCAAGUCCGCACUUCAAUUUAUUCAACUGAGCCAUCACAAUGAUCCCCAAAUCCGGCACCCGCACCACCCUCGACCCCGAGGUCAAACAAUUCCUCACCAACCACCCCUCCCUCGCCUUAGGCGGCCACGACCUCACCCACGAGCGCCGAACCAUUCCCCUGCGCAUCCUCUACCCCUCGACCCCAUCCCACCCCACCCGCAUCCGGCCUCACCCCCGCAGUCAUUUACUUCCACGGCGGCGGCUACUGCGUCGGCACGGCAGAUGAUUUCGAGAACGGAUGUCGCAUUCUCGCCGAGCAGGCCGGUGUGCAGGUCUACGUGGUGGAGUAUCAACUGGCACCGGAAUGGCGCUAUCCCGUGCAAUUGGAUGAAUACGAGUGCGUGGUGGCGUGGCUACGCGGGGACGGCGGACGGGCGCACCAGGUUGAUCCAGACCGGGUGUUCGGGGUGGCGUUUGCGUCUGCGCUGGAGGAGGCGGGCAAUGAGGUGACCUGGAGGCAUUAUGAUACGUUGUCGCAUGGGGUUUUUUGCAGAUGGCGCCGUGGAGUGCAGCGGUUAUGACAGCCCUCAAAGAGGUGGCUCGUGAUGUCCGGCAGUUGGCGGGGAGGUUGGCAGAUAGGAACACGGAAUGGAUUGUGUAUAUCCUUUGUCAUUCGGGAUGAAGGAUAAAGUCAUUAGGUACCUAGAUUAGAAUACAUGUCCGAUAGUAUGCC